CAAAAAAAAAAAAAUAUAAUGAUUUAUUGAUUAAUUUAUUAGUCUUAUUUUAGACCGAAAUUAUUAAAUUUAUUCGUUUACAAAUGAGUCUUCAUCAUCCUUAUCAUAGAAAAAGUAUUUUAGAAAUUUGUGAUGAUAUUUGGAUGAAAAAUCUUCGAGAUAUAAAUGAUUUACUCUUGAGAGAAAUUGAUGAAAUUUGUCAUAAACAAAGUUCAAAUAAUCGACAAAAUCAAAAUGAAUUUAUAAUUCGUUUUGAUUUACUUCAUUUAGCAAGUAGUGUAUUUUAUCAGCUUUCUUUAAAUAAAAUGUCAAUUAAAACGGAAUUAAUGGAUAAUAAUAAUAAUGAUGAUGAUGAUGAUGAUGAUUUAUUUGAACCUAGUUCAAAACGAGCACGUUAUGAACAUUCAAUGUCUAUAUCAACAAACAUAGUUUUACAACCGAAAUCUUUUCAAAAUUUAUUUCAAUCAAUUAAUCCUUAUCAUCAAGCUGUUGGUUUUCAAAUAGUGUCGUUACAACUUGAAAGAAAUAUGAUAUUAUCUUCAAUAGAUUGUGAUUAUUAUAUGAAUAUAAUUAAACGAUUUUUAACUGAUGAACGAAGACCAUCACUUUUAGUGAAUGUUCUUCGUUGUCUUUAUCUUCUUCUGACUAAUACAUCACAUUGUCAAUUAACAUCUGAUUUAAUUAUACUAAUUCAACCAUUAAUUCAUAUUCCAAUAUGUGAAUCAUAUGUAAUAGAAAUUCUUUCAAAUAAAAAUUUAUCUCUUUCACAUUUAUGUUCAUGUUCAUCAAUAAUUUCACUUAAAUAUAUAUUUCAUUAUUUAACACUUUAUCCAAAUAAUCCAUAUUCAUUAGAUGAUGAAAAUAAAUUAAUUAAUAAAUUAUUACCUGAUUUAAUAUCUUUAUAUCGUAAUAAUGAACAUGAUUUAUCAAUAUUUUUUUCAUCUUAUUCACCUGAAUAUACACAUAUAUGUGCAUUAAUUCUUAUGCAAUUUAGUUCAUUUGAUAUAAUACCAAAUCAAUUAUUUAAAAAUAAAAAAAAAUUUAUUAAAAAUGAAUUUGAUCAAAUUGAAUUUGAAUGGUCACGAUUAAAAUUACUUAUUCCAAUUCAUGAAAAAGAAGAAGAACAAGAACAAGAAGAAAUUCAAUUAGAUUUUUAUUCAAAAAUCAAUACAUGUGAAUUAAAUUUAGAUAUCUUUAAACGUAUUAUAGAAAUCUAUGAAAAAAAUGUUCAAUUUAUUCAACAAUUAAAAGACAAACAUUUAGUAAGAAUUAAUCAAUAA